CGCUGGUUGGAUUUUGAUUAGUCAGAAGAUUGGUUUUUAUUGACUCCCUGCUCAUCAAGACUGAUCCAGACGUUGUAAAAUACAGUAUAUGGUAUAACUGACUGUGUUACAUGUUUUUUUUCCAACUUUUUCAGGUGAACAGUAAUUGAAUAGCAAAGUAUGUUUGUUUUAAAAAAGAAAAAAAAAACUUUGAUGUACUGAUGAGUAAAACAUUAUAUUUACAUGUGCACUAGAGGCAGCCUACGUACGCUGACACUAGAAACCAAACCAAAUAAAAUAAACAACGCGUUGGUUAAAAGUAAUAGAUUUUAAUGACGCCACUUGUAAAUGAUUAACAAAUAUAAAUAAAUAUAUUUUAAAAAUUACAUUAAAAAAAACAGCAAGCGUGUGUGUAACACACAAGCUUAGUUUUAGUAACUGGAGAAAACGGUGAAAGCAGCAUCUAGUUGAUGAUUUUUGGUUUCUUUUAUUCCUGUAAAAUGAAAUGUUUUUCUAUGUAGUUGUAAUUAUUCUUCCAGUGUAUUACGUUAAAAACAUAUAGCGUCCUUUUUUUGUAGAAGUAUUUGUAUUGCAUUCUACAAAUGAGGGAUAAAGGAUAAUAACAUAAUUUGGACAAUUACAUCCCUCACUGGGCAAUUAAACCGCCUAGGGUCCCGUUUGUUUGUUUAUUUAUUUAUUUAUUUAUUUGUUUGUUUGUUUGUUUGUUUGUUUGUCUGGCGGUGUAUCGGGGGCGGUGUAGAUUUACGGGUGUAAAGGGAAGUCUGAAUGCUGCCUGUCAUUCAGCGAGGCGGAGGUAUUCGGGAAGCGUAACCGAGGUGUGCGUGAGCCAGGGCAGGAAAGUUUUUCAAGUAAAAUAAAUCACUGCAGUCUGAGCUGACCCCACAAAGGAAGUGGAUAUGCCUUGGACUAACUAAACCGGUUUUAUGUUCUUGUUUGCUCUAAGUGGAAAGUAAAACGUUUUGGAAGGUAGACCCUUCUCGGAUUCUGUGCAGAACUUCGUCAUAGGAUUCUUUCACUGGAUUCAGACCCGUCACCAACAUUUUGGGGUUCUACCUCGUGACCAUGACGGACCCGGAAGAACCCCCUAACGUCGCGGGCUCAGGUUCAGGGGACUCGGGGGACCCCCAGCCUGAGAACGACUCCUCGUUCCCGCUGUCCUCCCUGGCCAAUCUCUUUGAGGGGGAGGAGAGCGCCCCCUCGCCUGAGCCCCGCCCCGGAGAGAACCGACAGAACCUGCGGAUCCGCUUCCAGGACGCCUUCAAGAAGGGCAUCUCCAACCCCAAGGACCUGCUGGAGUCCUACGAGUCGCCAGUGGCCCCCGCGCCCAAGAAGGCCCCCAUGGACUCGCUCUUCGACUAUGGCACCUACCGACAGCCCAACGACAACAAGCGCCGGAGGAAAAAGCUGCUGCGCGAUAAGCGCAGUGUCUCCAGUAUAAAGGGUCCCGCCCCAGACCCCCCUCCAGUGCUCAAGGUGUUUACACGCUUGCUGCUCUUCGACGCCGUGUCACGAGGAGACCCCUCCGACCUGCAGGGGCUGCUUCCCUUCCUCCUGGUGCACAAGAAACGACUGACUGACGAGGAGUUCAGAGAGCCCUCGACUGGGAAGACCUGCCUGCCCAAAGCCCUGCUCAACCUCUACGGCGGCUGCAAUGACACCAUCCCUCUGCUGGUGGAAAUCUCCGAGAAAACAGGCAAUCUGCGGGAGUUCAUCAACACCCCCUUCAGAGAUCUCUACUACCGGGGUCAGACAGCUCUGCACAUUGCCAUCGAGAGACGCUGCAAACAGUACGUGGAGCUGCUGGUGGAGAAGGGGGCUGACGUUCACGCGCAGGCCAGGGGGCGCUUCUUCCAGCCCAAGGACGAGGGAGGAUACUUCUACUUCGGCGAGCUUCCUCUGUCCCUGGCUGCCUGCACUAACCAGCCGGAUAUGGUCCACUACCUGGUCCAGAACGCACACAAGAAGGCGGACCUGCGACGGCAGGACUCCCGCGGGAACACGGUGUUGCACGCUCUGGUGCACAUCGCUGACAACACGCGGGAGAACACGCGCUUCCUCACCAAGAUGUACGACCUGCUGCUCAUCAAGUGCGCCAAGCUCUACCCAGACUGCAACCUGGAGACCGUGCUCAACAACUACGGCAUGUCCCCGCUCAUGAUGGCAGCCAAGCUGGGCAAGAUCGGGGUGUUCCAGCACAUCAUCCGGAGGGAGAUCACGGACGAGAGCGCUCGGCACCUCUCCAGGAAGUUCAAGGACUGGGCGUACGGACCGGUCUACUCCUCCCUGUACGAUCUCUCCUCGCUGGACACCUGUGGGGAGGAGGUGUCUGUGCUGGAGAUCCUGGUCUACAACAGUCGUGUCGAGAACCGUCACGAGAUGUUGGCGGUGGAGCCAAUCAAUGAACUCCUGAGGGAUAAGUGGCGGAAGUUUGGCGCUGUCACCUUCUACAUCAGCGUGGUGUCCUACCUGGUUUCCAUGGUGAUCUUUACUCUUGUUGCAUACUACCGGCCCUCAGAGGGAACGCCCCCCUACCAGUACAAGAGCAGCACAGACUACCUGCGCCUGGCGGGAGAGUGCAUCACCCUGUUCACCGGCGUCUUCUUCUUCCUCACCAACAUUAAGGAUCUGUUCCUCAAGAAGUGUCCGGGGGUCAGCUCCUUGUUUAUGGAUGGGUCCUUUCAGCUGCUUUAUUUCAUCUACUCCGUGCUGGUGCUGGUGACGGCGGCGCUCUACCUGUCUGGGAUCAACGCCUACGUGUCGGUGAUGGCGUUGGCGCUGGUGCUGGGCUGGAUGAACACACUCUACUUCACCAGAGGACUGAAACUCACCGGGACCUACAGCAUCAUGCUGCAGAAGAUUCUGUUUAAGGACCUCUUCCGGUUCCUGCUGGUCUACUUGCUCUUCAUGAUCGGAUACGCUUCAGCCCUGGUGUCCCUCCUGAACGUGUGCCCCAGCUCUGAUGCGCUCUGCCCGGGGGGAGAGUGCCCCACGUACCCCCUGUGCCGCGACACCAACACCUUCAGCACCUUCCUGCUGGACCUCUUCAAGCUGACCAUCGGCAUGGGCGACCUGGACAUGAUCAACAGCGCCCAGUACCCCGCGGUCUUCCUCACCCUGCUCGUCACCUACAUCAUCCUCACCUUCGUGCUGCUGCUCAACAUGUUGAUCGCUCUGAUGGGGGAGACGGUGGGGAAGGUGUCCAAGGAGAGCAAGAAGAUCUGGAAGCUCCAGUGGGCCACAACCAUCCUGGACAUCGAGCGCUCCUUCCCCGUGUGUCUGCGGAAGACGUUCCGCUCAGGGGAGAUGGUCACGGUGGGCAAGGGCUGCGAUGGGACCCCCGACCGGAGAUGGUGCUUCAGGGUGGAUGAGGUGAACUGGUCUCACUGGAACCAGAACCUUGGCAUCAUCAAUGAGGACCCAGGGAAGAACGAGACGUACCAGUACGAUGGCAUCCCGACCAGCGUGAGGGGGCUCCGGAGAGACCGCUGGUCCUCGGUGGUCCCACGCGUGGUGGAGUUCCACAAGAGCCCUCGCUCCGAGGAGGCGGUGGUGGAGAUGGACCAGCGAGACCCUUUGCUUCAGGGCAACCGGAAAACUACAGACACCUGGAGAAGAGACGACACCAAGGUAUAAAACACACUGCUCCCCAGCCACACCGGCCACUGCCUCUCCCUCAGAGGGCCUCAGUAAGGGGCUCCCGGCUGCUUGGUGCGACACUGCAGAUUUGCACAGAAGCCAGUUUUAUUUUGUCUUGUUGUUUUAAAAAGAACAGACCUGUAGGAUCAACUCAUGGUUCUUGAAGUGUGUGUGUGUUUUUUUUUUUUUAAUGUUUUCCAUUUCUAUUGUACCCUUUUACACCAAUGACUGGCAGUGUACAGGUAUCCUGUUUUGCUGUUAGGCUGAUGUUCUUCCGAGUGUCUUAUUGUGAGUAAUUAAGAGUUUUCUUUACCUCCCCUGCGGUGUUCAAAGAAAACAAGAAAGUAAAAUAAUGUAUUCCAGUAAGAAACUGAACUGCAGGCUCUGUCUGAAGCAACUUACUCUUGUAGUAAGGAAGCGAUUGGAUUCAUAAAGUAAUUCAAUUUACAAAAGUGUUAUUACAUUAUUGCAAAAGGUCAGUUUGGAUUUCAAGAACUUCCCCAGCUUUUAAAUCAAUUCAUGCUUGCGUAGAAUGCAGGAAAUGUCACUGAUUGUGUUAACAGCUUCCUGGCACUGGGGGGCAGUAUAACACAUGAAAUGUAAUGGAAUUCCCCCAGGUCGGAGGGGGUAUCUAGGCACCUGUUAACCUGGAUUUAAAGAGACAGACACUGCCUGAUUUCAGCAGAAGCACUACAGGGGUUAUUUAUAAAUCCUAAAAUGCAUGCGCACAGAAGGGCAGUUCAAAAGCCAAUUCAGGGAUAUCGUGUAAUUGUGCAUUUUGUAUUAUACCCAAUUUAUUGAUUCACAAAUUUGGAUUUAAGUCUUAUGGAAAAACUGCUACAAACAUACUGCACAAAACCAGUACAAAUACUUGUUGUUCAACAGCGUGCUGCACAUCUUUUUCGAUGAGUGUUUGUACUGUGUAUUAAUACACCCCUCUCUCUGGCUUGAAUGGGUUUAACAUUAGGACCACCACUUCAAGCUUUACCAUGAGAUAUACUGCCAUCUCAUCCACAGAGGGAGACAAUGGUUCUGUGCAAUCCAGCCCUUCUUGUGUAAAGUUACAGUGAUCUAGAUAAUUGCUGUUGAAAAUAUACCUCAAAGGAUACCCAUAUGCCAUAUAUUUAGGAUUUAGAUUUAUAUAGAGAGAGAUUUUUAUACUGUACUAGCAAUAAGUUUCAUAGUGCAUGUUUCCUGUCUGGUAGAGCACUGUUGUAGUUUGAAUGUAUGGGGCUCUUUUUUAAACUUGUUUUAUGUACUUUUUUUUACUAUCAAUCCUCAAGUAAUUGUUUUAUUAUUUUAUUUUAGAUGGAUGUUGUUCUAUUUAGAUUGUGCUGCAAACUUUAAUGUCCAUAAGCGAAUGUCUGCACCAGAAGAGAGAGUGUUUCAAAUACAGUAAUAGUGCAAGGAAAAACUAUUGCCUUGUGUGGGUAAACUUUGUGUUUUAUUUUUUGCUAUGAAGAUGGUGCUAAGAAAUAUCACAGUGCAAAAAGUUUAUUGGUUCUCAAGCAGCACUUGUGUUAAACACAGGCAGAGAAAGAUCAUUAUAAUAUUCAAAAUGCUCAGUCCACAGUGACUUAUCUAAAUCAGCAAGAGACCUGAACAUUCAUACUGAAAUGAGCUUCCCUUGUAAAAUCUUCCCACUCUUUUUGCACUGUAUGGUUGCAGUGUCCCAUGAUUAUACUGUGCGCUUGCCAUGUUUAUUAGUAUACUUUACAAUGCUUACCUGUGCUUUACCAGACUUCGCUACGACUUUUAGAAGGGUUAAAACUGCCUUAUACAGUGGAGACCUCUUAAUCAAUGUAGUUUAUAUUUAUUUUGUUGUUGUCUGUGCCAAACACUGGCACCAGAAUGGAAGCUUGAAGGUUUGGAAAUAAAGAACAUUUUAAAAUA